UUGAAUUUGUCGCCCACAAUACUGCGUCCAACUUUUCUUCCAAUUUGCAUAACCCGGGUAAAGCUUAAAUAAAUUAGAGGCGCCAUGGCAUUUUCCACUUCCGCAUCGAUUGCGUUGUUUUUGGUGGCAACGAUUUGCUGUUCCAUCGUGAACGCAGCCAAAUUGAGACCGGCUCUUCCUUCGUCCGUUGUCGAUCGUCAAUCCAAACAAAUUUACGUGGCUCCUCAUCAAUUCUACAACUACUACCAGCCCUACCAGUAUCAAAUGUUGCUCCCAACAGCAGCGGGCGAAACCGACUCAAAAUCGACACCAGGCGAUUCCGAAUUGGGUGCAUUAGAAGGAAGGCAAAAUCUACCUUUAACUGCUACCCCUGCUAAAACAGAGUGUCUUAUUGCCGAUUCCGCGAAAAAUGGUUUUAAUGGUUGCACAAAGGCAUCGCACUCGGCUUCAGGAACCAUCGAUCUGACCUUUAGUGAAGCCAAACAAGGAGUCGUCAUUGCACUCGUGCCAAAUCCUAGAUACUAUUCCAAAUUAAAGAUUACGUGUUCGGAAAUGAGCGAUAAAGUUAUGGCCUUUACGAAAACUGCUAAAAUCGCAAAGGCAACGGAUACGCCCGUGACCGAGUCGAAAGAAACACAACUGUUUGUUGUUAGUAAUGCGGCUGGUGACAAAUUCAAAUGCAGUUGGGAAUCCUCAGAAUAAGCAAUAAUACUUUAAUGUAUAGUUUCUAAAUCAUUGCUCCCUAUCAGCAAUUG